AUCCCCUCCCCACCCACUCCACUCUCCCUUUCCCCUUCCCCUCCCGUCCGGGCUCUCACUGCUCGCCGAACCGAAAAGCUCCCCGCCUUUGCGCGAAUUUCGUCUCCGGAGGUAGCCCCCGGAUCCUGUUUCGGGUCUCGUUGAUCGACGCGCCUCCUCCUCCCGGUCUCGGGGGUGCUUUCUUCUGGAAUUUCCCGCGUCGGAAGUGGCGAGAUUCGCGGGGUUAGAUCCGGCGGCCUGCUCGAAGGAACAGUGUGUUCGCGAUCGGAUCUGCCGUGGAACAGCGGAGCUCGGUGUGGAGGCGGUUCCUUUGGAGGAGACGACGACGACGUCCGCUGUGGGGGUUCUCGUCCGCUCCACGGCUGUAGAUCUGGAAGGACUCUGCGAGAUCUGUCGCCGCAAGCUGCCUUAGUUGUAUUGGAGAGCAACCACCAUUUGCACCCUGCACAAUCACCGCCACUGUGAACGGCGAUGGAGGCUCUUAUGGUUAUCUCGGAGCACCGCAACCCCCAUCACCGCCACUCUGGUGGGCGAAGCAAGUCAUCAGGACCGCACUUCUCGUCGCCACCUUCCUCCCGGGGCUUCCGUGGCAUGAACUGCCGGUCUUUUCACUCGGCUGCUUGCGUGGGUCUCCUGCCUUCACCACCGUCGUCGCCAACCCGCACAUACUCAUGCCCAGAGCCCAAGACGCCAAAGCAGCAGCUACGCCAUGGUGGCAAGCGCAGCCGACCCAUUUCCAUAAGUCCGUCCAAGUCCCCUCCCUCCCGGUCGGAGCUGUGGGCGGGGCCGGCUUUCUCCAACUCGCCACCCCCAAGUUCGCUGCCCAUUCCAAAAUUCUCGCUGCGCCAGAAACGCAGCAUCUCUCUUGAGCUGCCACCAGUUGAGCGCUCUGAUGAUGUGGAGGUCAGGCAGCAUGCUAAAUCGGCUCCUUCAUCCCCGGUUGGGGGAUCGGGGUAUGACUUCUUUGACAAUAAUGAAACUGCUAUAGCAACGGAGAAUCUGAGGAGGAUUCUCCAGUUGGAUAUCGCUGACCAUUGAACGAUGGGAGGAUGGAAGGGUGGUUCCUGUGUACAUAGUCUAUCUCCUGACUUAGGUUCUCCGCUUGCAUAGUAGUGUAUAUGGUAAUGGUGAUAGAUACCUGGUAGUUGUAAGAUAUGGUCAAGAUCAUGGAGGUAGAGUUUUGUAGGUGAAGCAUCUUCAUAAGGUUAAGACUGGAAAGUAGAACUGCCGUGCUGGGUGUUGUGAAGGUGGAUACUGGGUUAAGGAUGGGGUGGACGGCAGUUGAUGGCACACCUUUGUAGCUAGUAUUCACCUAUAUACUUCCUGUGUUGUUUAGGUGUAGGUUUUAAGCCUUCUAGAAUUGCAUCAUUUGCAUCCAUGGCACCUGUUAUGAACUGACAUUGGCACUCUGCCAAAGCAGCAACCUCAUUUUCUGCUGCAGUUGGUUCAUACUUAAGAUAAUAGCAUACCUCAUAGUCCCCAAUAAGAUGUCAAACAUUGGUAGUAUACAUGCAUUUCAUACAUCUUGCAUAUCUUUACAUACUUAUUUUCUUUUGUCCUCUUGUCAACUGAUCCCCACUCUGAUUAUCCUGACUUCAUUGGUGCUCUUCAAAGAACACCAAUAUCUCCCCACUGGCUCUUCUGUUUUUUUUGGUAAGGAAGAAGCUGGGUGGAAGCUGGAAUCACUCCUGUUCUCUCUUACUCUUGUCCAGACUUAACUAUUUCCCCCGUUUGUUGCAUAUCUAGCAUGGCAUACCCUCUGCAUCUCCAUACAUUUUAGCUUCGUCUAGUGCUCCUGCAUAAGUUGCAUCUAGCAUCAAUGAGUAAUCUUUCACAGACUUGUUCAUUUCCACUUCCAAGUCUGUGAACUGUUCAUUUCCACUCCCAAGUCUGUGAACCACGUUUAGGAGUUCUGAUUCUCUUCCAAGUGUCUGAAUGAUCCUGAGUCAGACUCUGGAGACCUGCAAGGCUGCACAACAUACAAACCCUGACGAGGUCUGGCUGUGCACCCUUGUACCCUGCGCUGAAGUUGUAUAAUGUCCCAGUUCCUGCUAUGUUCUUACGCACUAGCGUCGUCUAGUUCUAGGACUAGCAGUGAAGCAGAAGUAUAUGCUAGACUUUUAGUUGGCUGUAAUGUCAAGCUUGUUUAGUCAUCUCGGUGUUCUGGUGUUAUCAGCAAAUGCUAUUAUGUUUUGUGUUAUAAUGUUUCUAUAAUGCAGACAAGUUCAGUAUGUUGGAACUAAAACCUCAAGAGCAUAUUUCAUAACCUCAAGAGCAUAUUUCAUAAAUUUAUCAGCAGCUGUCUGUAUUCGUGUGAUGCAUUAUAUGCGUCAGAUUGUCAGAAUAGCUUGUGAGCUGUUGUGUUAAUACAAUGCAUGCUGAUAUGGAUGGCUGGUCUAUCAGACAUGCAUUUUGUGUGUUAAAUGUUAUCGAUGUGGUUUUAGAUGCACC